AUGUUUCUAAAUCAUCGGCCAGUUCUAGUCUUUCUCCUCUUUCUGGCAGCCAGUCCAGUCGACGUAGUUUCUAGAGUACUGUAUUCUGAUUCUAUCUAUCAAGAUGGGUAUCCUGUGAACGAAACUCUAAGACUUGAUCCACUGCAACUCGACCUCAAUCCUCUACAUCUUCUGUGUCCAGUUUGCAGUAUUAUGCAGGAUGUGCUCGGUUUAGUAACAGGUCUUGUACUCGGUGGCGGUCUUUUGAAACAUGUGGGAAUUACCGUGUGCUCUAUUGGUCUAUCAUCUACAAUAAAGAUUCCAAUUCUUCCGAAUGCGCUUUGUGCUGCUAUUUUCGAGGUUGUGAAAGAUGACGAUGUUCGAAAUAUCCUCCGAAACUUUGUUGCUGCUCUUCAAUUCCACUUGGACCAUCGUAAAGAAUAUCUGGCUAUUACUUCUCUAAAUGUUUGA